AUGAGUAACCUCAGUCCAGACUAUGAUGCUAUCGUCAUAGGCGCAGGCUUCAGUGGUGUUCGCAUUCUCUGGGAGCUCGAUCGACUGGGUUUGAAAGCAAAGUGUUUCGACGCUGGGUCAGAUGUAGGAGGAACUUGGUGGUGGAAUCGAUACCCUGGGUGUCGGACGGAUGGUGAAGCUUGGGUAUAUGCUUUGAAAUUUUUGCCAGAGCUACUGGAGGAAUGGGAAUUUACAGAGCGUUAUCCAACACAAGAGGAGAUUCAAUGGUAUCUCAGCCGCGUCGUUGAUCGUUACGAUCUACGCAAGAACAUUGAGUUCGGCACACAAGUCAAAUCCGCCCACUACAGCGAUCGGGACAAUUUGUGGACAGUUAUUACGACGAGCGGCAUCAUUGCCACCUCGCGAUAUUUCCUUCCUGCCACUGGCAUCACGUCUAUCCCCAAGGAGCCAUCUUUUCCUGGACUUCAGUCUUUCAAAGGGGAGAUAUAUCAGACUUCAAUUUGGCCAGAACAUGAAGUCGACUUUUCAAACAAGCGAAUCGGUGUGAUUGGGACAGGUUCGACCGGCAUUCAAAUCAUCACCAAGCUUGCCCCCAUUGCCGAGCAGUUGACUAACUAUCCACUGGACCAAGAAAAAAUAAUCGCUAUCGAAGAUGGAUUUGAUGAGAACUGGGAUAUUGCCAGAAUGAACCUGGCCGGCCACGCCGUCAAACAUUCGGGGAGAACGGUCGCGAGCAUCGCCGAUCCAGAGGAGAUUCGCCGUGGCUUUGAAACUGGCUGGUCUCGGGGUUGUUACGAUUUCCAGCUCGGCACAUUCGACGACUCUUUCAUGGCUCCGGACUCCAAUUUGGCCACGGCAAAUUUCAUCCGUGAGAAAAUUCGCUCCAUUGUCUCUGACCGUGAUACCGCCGAGACUUUGUGCCCAAAAUAUCCCUUUGGUGCAAGACGCCCACCAUGUGCAGAUGGAUACUACGAGACAUUCAAUCGAUCUAAUGUCACGCUGGUCGACGUCAGCAAGGAUGAAACCGGCUUUUACGAAAAAGGCAUCAAGACUGCGUCCGGGGCGGAGCAUGAGCUCGACAUGGCCAUUCUGGCACUGGGCUUCGACUCGGGUACAGGAGCAAUGAACAAGAUCGACAUCAGGGGAAGCAAGGGUGUGUCGCUGAAGGGAUCUUGGGCGAACAGACUGGAGACAUUCGCAGGUGUCCUGGUCCAUGGUUAUCCAAACAUGUUCAUUGUCUGCGGUCCUCACUUGCCCGCAGGCAAUCAGCCUGUCAGUUUGGAGGCAUUCGCAAGCUGGAUCGGCAAGACCAUAGAGCACAUGGAAGUCAAUGGCCUAUCUAAGAUUGAUGUUUCCAGAGAUGCCAUGGAUUCAUGGACAACACAUGUCGAGCAAUUAUGGGCUGGUUCCUUCCUGGCUCAACAUGCUCACGAGCUGGGCUCUUGGUUUGUCGGUACCAAUAUUCCUGGCAAGCCAUCCAGAAUUAUGUUUUACUUCGGUGGCAUGGUACAUUUGGAGCCUUGGCUUAUCAAGGAACUAGAAUCUCAGUGGUCGAGUAUGACAUUCACCGCUUUUGAAGGGGCUAGGAAGGCUAGCAAUGGUGUGUGCAAACAAACCAGCACAGUAGGCGGAGUCUACGUCACACCUGAAAUGCUUGAGUCUGUCAAUAUACCUCUUGAAGCUGAUAAGGCUGGUAUGACUCUUGCGGAGAAAUCCGAUUUCGUCAAUGCUGCUACUUCCUUUUACAUUGACGCCGCCGUCAACGACAUGAGGAGACGUGGACUCACCCCUAAGGAUGAUUACCGUGUUCACUGGUGGAAGGUAAUGGAAGAUUUUGUUGACUCGGACGAGGGUCAAAGGAUAGUUCAGGGGGCACCGCUGACGAAAGAGGGAGUCGAAAGUCUGGUCUCCAGGCUAGGAAUCGAGGGCGAGUUGAUCGCAAGAAUGGGCCCGGAGAUUGUAAACAUCCUGACUGGGAAAACCCAUCCUCUUGCACACAUCAUGAAGGACAAUUUGCUCUUCCGAGUGUAUCUGUCCGAUGAGGGCAGGCGUACCAAUCGCUACGUGGCGGAGUAUGCCAACCUUCUCACCUCGCAGAGAAGAGGUCUCAACAUUCUCGAAAUUGGCGCCGGAACAGGAGGCACCACUUCCAAAGUUUUGAAUCUAUGCAGCCCGGAUGGCAGCUCAUUUUGCGCUAAGUACAUGUACACGGAUCUCUCACCAGGAUUCUUCGAUGUUGGGAAAGCAACUUUCAAGAAAUGGGAUUCUCUCCUCUCUUUCAAGGUUCUAAACAUUGAGGAGGAUCCGGCGAGCCAAGGGUUCGAAGGACACACAUAUGACUUCAUCAUUGCUGCAAACGUCAUUCAUGCCACAACACGUUUAACAACGACCUUGACCAACGUACGCAAGCUACUAAAGCCUGGCGGUGUCUUGGGUCUUGUAGAACUGACAAGGUUGACUCCUUUCUAUAACCUGUCAUUCGGUCCACUCUCAGGAUGGUGGGCUGGUGUUGAUGAGGGUAGAACGAAGAGUCCCCUGCAGUCCCCCGAGCAAUGGGACGACUUGCUCAAACAGACUGGCUUCUCUGGCGUCGAUCUAGCUGCUUACGAUCUUCCUAGCCCACAGAGACAUAGCUGUGUGUUGCUAUCGACUGCUCUGGUGGAUUCGGCGACCCGUGGACAUUGA